AUGGCAGCGCAUGGGAAGCUGCGCCGGGAGCGGGGGCUGCAGGCCGAGCCUGAGCCGCCGUCCCCCGCAGAGAUGCGCUGGCAGCUGAGCGAGCAGCUGCGCUGCCUGGAGCUGCAGGGGGAGCUGCGGCGGGAGCUGCUGCAGGAGCUGGCCGAGUUCAUGCGGCGGCGCGCCGAGGUGGAGCUGGAGUACUCCCGGGGCUUGGACAAACUGGCAGAGCGCUUCUCCGGCCGCGGCGGCCGCCUUGGGGGCAGCAGCCGGGAGCACCAAAGCUUCCGGAAGGAGCCGUCCCUCCUUUCGCCCUUGCAUUGCUGGGCCGUGUUGCUGCAGCAGACGCGGCAGCAGAGCCGGGAGAGCGCGACCCUCAGCGAGGUGCUGGCCGGGCCCCUGGCCCAGCGCCUGAGUCACAUCGCAGAGGAUGUGGGGCGCAUCAUCAAGAAGAGUAAGGAUCUGGAGCAACAGCUGCAGGAGGAGCUGCUGGAGGUGGUGUCGGAGCUUCAGACGGCCAAGAAGACAUACCAGGUGUACCACAUGGAGAGCGUGAAUGCCGAGGCCAAGCUCCGGGAAGCCGAGCGGCAGGAGGAGAAGCGGGCGGGUCGGAGUGCCGCCGCCGCCGCCACCACCACCACGACCACCACCGCUGAGGCAGGACCCCUCCGCAAGAGCUCCCUCAAGAAGGGAGGGCGGCUGGUGGAAAAGCGUCAGGCCAAGUUCUUGGAGCACAAACUCAAGUGCACGAAGGCACGCAACGAGUACCUGCUCAGCCUGGCCAGUGUCAAUGCUGCCGUCAGCAACUACUACUUGCAUGACGUCAUGGACCUCAUGGAUUGCUGUGACACAGGAUUCCACUUAGCCCUGGGGCAGGUGCUCCGGAGCUACGCGGCUGCCGAGAGCCACACCCAAGUCUCCCAGAUGCAGGGCCUGGGCAGCCUGGAAGAGGCCGUGGAGGCCCUAGAUCCUCCAGGGGACAAGGUCAAGGUGCUGGAGAUGCAUGCCGAUGCCUUCUGUCCCCCACAGCGUUUUGACUACCACCCCCAUGAGGGAGAUGAGGUGGCUGAGAUCCGGCUGGAGAUGGAGCUGCGGGACGAGAUUCUGCCCCGAGCCCAGAAUAUCCAGAGCCGCCUGGACCGGCAGACCAUCGAGACGGAGGAGGUGAGCAAGACUCUGAAGGCCACACUGCAGGCCCUGCUGGAGGUAAUGGCGUCGGAAGACGGGGAUGUGCUUGACCCCCUCCAAGCCAGCCCCUCCACCCCCUCCACCGAGUCCCUCAAGUCCACCAGCUCGGAUCCAGGCACCCGGCAGGCUGGCCGGAGGCGGGGCCAGCAACAGGAGACGGAGACCUUCUACAUCAUGAAGCUCCAGGAGUACCUGAGUGGACGAAGCAUCCUUGCCAAGCUGCAGGCCAAGCAUGAGAAACUGCAGGAGGCCAUUCAGCGAGGUGACAAAGAGGAGCAGGAGGUGUCUUGGACCCAGUACACACAGAGAAAACAGCAGAAGAGCCGCCACCCCCGCCCCAGCUCCCAGUAUAACCAGAAACUCUUCGGGGGAGACAUGGAGAAGUUUAUCCAGAGCUCAGGCCAGCCUGUGCCCCUGGUGGUGGAGAGCUGUGUCCGCUUCAUUAACCUGAAUGGCCUGCAGCACGAGGGCAUCUUCCGGGUGUCAGGCGCCCAGCCCCGAGUCUCAGAGAUCCGUGACGCUUUUGAGAGAGGGGAGGACCCACUGGUGGAGGGCUGUACAGCUCACGACCUGGACUCAGUGGCAGGGGUGCUGAAGCUCUACUUCCGGAGCCUGGAUCCCCCGCUCUUCCCACCGGACCUGUUCCGAGAGCUGCUGGCCUCUGCAGAGCUGGAGGCUGUGGCCGAGCGGGUGGAGCACGUUAGCUGUCUCCUGGCCCAGCUGCCCGCACCGGUGCUGGUCGUCCUGCGCUACCUCUUCACCUUCCUCAACCACCUGGCUCAGUACAGUGACGAGAACAUGAUGGACCCCUACAACCUGGCGGUGUGCUUCGGGCCGACACUGCUGCCCGUUCCUGCCGGGCAGGACCCAGUGGCCUUGCAGGGCCGGGUGAACCAGCUGGUGCAGACUCUCAUCGUGCAGCCCUCCCGGGUUUUCCCACCCCUGACCCUGCUGCCAGGCCCCAUCUACGAGAAGUGCAUGGCACCGCCCUCCUCCAGCUGCCUGGGGGAUGGCCAGCUGGAGGGCCUGGUUGGGGAGAACGAGCCGGAGCUGGAAGCUGGGACCCUGGCCCAGGAGGAUGACCUGGAGGGGGUCGUGGAGGCCGUGGCCUGCUUUGCCUACACGGGCCGCACAGCCCAGGAGCUGAGCUUUCAGCGCGGGGACGUGCUGCGGCUGCACGAAAGGGCCUCGGGCGACUGGUGGCGGGGCGAGUGCUCAGGCGCCCGGGGACUCAUCCCGCACAAGUACAUCACGCUGCCCGGGGGUGCAGAGAAGGUGGGCCAGGGGCCGCAGGCGAACAGUCCCGAGGUCCUCCUGGCCAUGGAAUUCGUCCAUCGGCCAGAGCCAUGCACCCCACCUGAGGCCCCUCUGGGCACACCCGGGGGCCCCUCUGGGCACAGACGGCACUGCUUGGUCCCCACCUCCCCGGAGCGGUAUGUGGAGGUAGACAAGGCCGUGGCACAGACCAUGGACUCCGUGUUUAAGGAGCUCUUGGGAAAGACCUCCGCCCGCCAAGGCCUUGGGCCAGCGUCCACCAGCUCCUCCAGCCCCGGGCCCUGCAGCCUGAAGCCUCCAGCCUGUGGCCGCCUCGGCAAGACUAGAGGCUUCUCCCGGGGCUCCGGGGCCCCGGCGUCCCCCUCGGCGUCCCAUCCCCAGAGCCUGGACUCGCCCCUUAAGCACUGA